CUCUCGCAGGGUUGUACAGGGUCAAGAACAGCUUCAUGCACUGCAACUAUCUCCACUCCGCGAAUGCGGGCCUGUGGACGCUUGGGACAAGUAGGAAGACGGUGACCAGGUUCGCCGCAGUAUAUGCAUACACCAAGGGAGAUAUGACAUUGUCGUUCUUCAGGGAGAAGAGUAUGGGACGCCGCAUCAAGCUCCAUGGGGGCAGGUCCAAAUGGAUCCCUGGCAGGCAUCACAGAGCGCUCAGCAGGAGGUGCCAUCACACGAGCAGGAACAGCAGCAGUUCGCCUCUUCGUGAAGACCCGCAGCAGAUUCUCACUAUUGAGUGCCUGAUUCGGAGAUCCGAUGCCAGCAUUUCGAUGGCUUUGUGUUCUUCUUCGGCGCUCGGCUAUGAUCCGCGCGAGAAAAGAGAAAAUGGGGGCCGGGCACUGGGAUCGAGUUGAGUGCAGUCUGUUGUUUCAAGCGGAUUUAUGGGAUCUCACAAAACAUAGAGACCGGGAGGGCUCGGCGGUGAGGAAAUCAUCGAGCACGCCGAGGUCGAACGGAGUGGGAUUGUCUGAAGGCACAUUCGGGUAGAAAGUGAGAUUCCUGGAAGAAGAAGCUGAUCACUUCGGUGCAGCGCCUCGGAUAUGAGAGCGAGGGUGAUCCUGCGAGAAAGAGUGAUGCAACCACGGGGAAGAGGAUGAACUUUGCGAUGUUUGAGGAGUCGCCGUGAAGAUAAACUUAUGAAACAUGCGGCCUGAAGAGGCCGGCCAUGAAACUGGGCAGCCCACAUGUUCCUCACUUGCUCUCUUGGCAUGGAGCAAAAGCUUUAGCAAACUAGAAACUAUAGCAGCCAGGAAGACGAUAUCAAUGCACCUGAUCUUUCCACCUGA